UUGUCGGUCCCACAGUUGGAGAGGCUCGCUCCAACGUAAGGGACGAAGGAAAUAGAAGAAUCAAAGAAAUCAAUCCCAGCGGCCACAAACGAGCUGAAACGAACAAACGGGAAAAAAUUCUUCGUUGAUUUCCUAUACUGCUGAACCACCCAACGGAAAACUUGCUUCGUUACGCCACAAUCCCAAAUAUUGUCUGAAAGUGGGAACCUAACAAGAAAAAGUUAUUCUUUUCUUCGUUAGUUAAUGAACCACUGAAUUGGUGGCUGGCAAGAGUACUCGACGCUGGUUGUGCGAAGUAGGGAGAGAUUUGCAAGUCCGCCGAGGCCUCAUGCAAGAUCGAGAUACAACAUGAAGAAGUUGCAUCCAUUCACCGCCGUGUCGCCAUGUCACACUCAUCUCCUCGUAGAAAAGAAAGUUUUCCAAUGAAGAAACCCGUUCAAAGUGAAAGAGAAAGAAAUUAGCCGGUCUCAAGAUUUUGAGUUCAGAUGGAUGACCAACUUGUGCAAUGAAGGUUGCGAGUGAUGUGAAAGCCAUGCUUGCAACGAAACGAAGAAAUGAAACAAGAAAAGCUUGUCUUUGGAGGGAAAAAGUGAUUUGUUGACUUUAGUACACGGACGUCGUCCUUCAUCCACAUCACCUCCAGCGACUAAUUGGCACUUUCCAUCGACAGAUCGGCUCCGACUUCAUCCCAUCACCCUUUCGAGCCAGCUGGAGAAGGCUUGCCACCACAGCGCCUUCAACUUCAGAGGGUUGGGUUGAUACUGUUGCUUGGAGUAUUGGGAUGAGAGUUGGACGAUGCCUCGGGGUCCCAAGGGACUAGUGAACGACAACUACCUUGGCUCGAGGCUUAAUGAUACUAUGCGUGCAUACAAGAUGCAGACGAGUGUCAGCCCAACGUGAUUUUCCAAUCAUGCCUUAACCAAGAAUGACACUUGCCAUUGGGAAAAAGUCCAACUUGAACUCCAACUGUGAGCAUUGACAUGGCCAUGCCACGAACAGAGCAGGCAUGUCAAGCCAAGGGCGUCUCAAGUACCCGAAGGGAUUUGCCAGCCUACUUUUGCAUUGCAAUCUGCAUCUAUAUCUCCCAUUUGGUGGUUGGAGUUGCUGCUGCAACUUGUCCGCGAAAAUGCGAAUGCAUUUGGAGGGAUGGCAAGAGCGUGGUGGAUUGCUCCAACCAGGGUCUUGGGAGCAUUCCCACGGAUGUGGAUGUGUCUUCUCAAGCACUAAAUAUCUCGGGUAAUCACAUUCCACUCUUCAACGAACGGCAGUUCUCUCGCUUUGGAAUGACGAAUUUGCAAAAGAUUUCGGCCUCAAAUUGUGGAUUGGGCCAAAUUCACCGUCAUGCUUUCCAAGGACUGACCAACCUCGUGGAGCUGUAUCUGGACAACAAUAAUCUCGCCGAGGUCCCUCAUGAGGCUUUAGCUGGAGAUGCACCCUCGCUAAUGACACUGAAUCUUCGGCACAAUACCAUCACACGGAUCCCAUCCCAGGCCUUUCGCCAACUGACCUCACUCAAAAAAUUGGACCUCUCCGAGAACAAGAUCCAGGUCGUGGAAUCAGGGGCCUUCGAGGGUCUGAGCAACCUCGAGCGGAUUUAUUUGCAUGCCAAUCGAAUUUCAAAUUUGGACGCUCGGGAUUUCUCGACCUCGCUCCAAGGGAUCACUUUGCAUGACAAUCGAUGGUCCUGUGAUUGCCAUCAACGAAGUUUCCGGCUUUGGCUCACUCAAAGCAAUGUCGCUCGUCCAGUGGAACCCGUUUGCCACGGUCCACGGCGCCUCAUUGGGAUUCGCAUCCCAAGCUUGAGCUUGGCCGAGUUUGCGUGUGCCCCUCAACUCUCCCCUACCUCGAUGUACCUGACCGUACCCCAGGGCAAGAACGUAUCGAUUGUGUGUCGGGUAGCUUCAGAUCCACUGAGUGAGAUCAUUUGGUAUUUCAAUGGCAAUCGAAUCAAAGACGCCACCAUUCGCUACCAACAAGGAACAAUCGAACGCACGGCCCACCAAGAUAAUUAUGCAUGGUCUCACCACGCCUCGGCUUCAAUCCAACCUUGGGAACCUUCCGAUGUGGGACAUGGGCGCUCGUCAAAUUUGGCGAAUCGCAUUUUACGCCACGACAUCAUUUCUGAGAGUGAGACUCGAUCUGAACUUCUCAUUCACAAUACGAGUGUCCGUGACAAUGGGACAUAUCACUGUCAAGCAGAAAACAAGGCGGCAAGAAGCGUGUCCAACUUUACACUUCACGUCACAAAUCACAUUGAUACCCCUAAGAUAUUGCAGCUCCGACUUGAGUACUUUGUGGCCGUAGCAGUCGGGGUCAUCUUGAUCUUGGUGCUGAUAAUCAUGGCCGUGGCUGUGUUGCUCAUUCGCCUCUGUCGGAGACGGAUUAAAUCCAAACAGAGCGAGAUGAUGAAAGCCGACGAGCGAAACGGAAGCUCGUCAACUCUCUAUGGGGCCAAAAAAGUCGGGCCAAUGCCGGCCAAAAUGCCCAAGCACAUCAGAAUGGGCACGGGCGGAUUUCGAAACCCACAACCAACCACUUCCAUUGCGGCUUCGUCUCAACAAUCAUUAAAUCCUUACCUCAAUUCCACAAUAUCUGAUCGUCCGGACUUGCUGACGGACCACAGCUUGAGUAGCACGGGCAAAGGUUCAAAGGUUGCGUCUACCGGAACCAUGUCCAGCGAGUCAAGUCGGGUCAGCUCGGGUAGCCAACCUACAUCCCAACAAGGCUCCUAUCGAAUGGCCAUGGAGAACAUUAUUGAUGAUUACAGGCUCUCUAACCCGCCUGAGUUGCGCACCAAGCCUUUGAUUGGGUCUACAUCUUUAAAUGAUCAAGGAAAGGGGAUGAGUCGAGCUCCCGCCGCCAGACCACUGAGCAGUGUCAUGUCAGAUUGCCUACGAGGCUCCUCUGUUCCAUUUCCCGAUUCCUGCGUCUCCAGAAGUGGUCGCGAUCUCCUGGGAAUUGAUCCUCGGAUAGUGGAUGCCCUUGAAGAGGGCGGAAACGGACGUUACCCCGUUGAUUAUGGUCUUCCAAGAUCGCCACCAAUGGAUCCUUCAAACUUGAGGGCUUUUGCCAAUCCAAACUAUAGACAUCAUCCCCAUUCAAACACCUUGCCACAUCACUACCAUUCAUAUCAGAGCGACCAGCUUUUGGCCAGAGGGCAACCGUCUUUUAGCUUGGGUCACCACCCGAUGGGAACAAUGCCAUCACAUUACUUCAGGCCGCAGGGUGGAACCACGACUUUGGACGCGCUUGCACUUUGGCAAUACCAACAGCUACAAAACCAGAUCAGCCAUCAACCCCAAAGUCUUCAUCCGAAUUUCUUGCGCACCAAACAAGUUCUACCAGAUGAAAAAUAUCCGGAUGAAGAUUCACGACAUGCCAUCAUGUCUGAUCAUCAUCUUUACCAAAGUCUUCCUGUCAGGUCUUUUAUCGAGGGUUCUCACCCAACUCCCUUGGGUCCCAUUUUGUCCCAAGCUUCCCAUCCGCCUCAUCUUCAACUCUCAGAACCCCUUUAUACCUCCCUUCAAAGUACGAGUAAUGCCAAUCACUUACAAUCCGGCGAGCAGCAAAAUAAACCACCCUAUGCCUACCCUUCAGAUCGGCAAAUGGACUUGUCCCAUUACGAAACCAUUGGCCGUAACAAGACGAGCCAGAGUAUGAAGACCAUGAUGAAUCCACAACAACAACACCACCAACAGCGACAACAACAACAACAACAACAACAACAACAACAACAGCCACUCCCACCGAUCACUUCAAGCAUAUCUCCUGAGAUGACAUCGACAACUAGUUCAAGUCAGCCCAUAGUUCAAGAGAACACCAGAGCUGAUCAUUUUCCCUCCGACACGAUUCCGUCAGAGUCAAUCAAGAAUUCAGUGUUUUCUAGCUUGCCAACAAUCAAGUCCUCAGAGGAUCAGACCCUAUCGACAUACUUGGCCCCCUUGGCCGAGCAGGAGGAUGGUGGCACCACGAGUGGGGCGGGUAGUAGUAGCUGGACUUCCGAGGCUCCCUCCACUGUUCCUCUGGUUGAGGAUUUCUCGCCCUCCGAAGAAACGAGAACUGAUGAGGUCGAUCAACAAGAGAAGGGGAAACAAGCGAACCAGACCCGCAAUCCACUCGCGGAGGAUAAUGAUCAAUCAACAAGCAACUUGCACUUCCAAGUCCAGCCGACCAGUUGGACACGGUCAAUGGAAAAUGAUGCAUCACACCCCGGUAAAACAGAUGUAAAAGCCUCGUCAGAGCCUCAACAUGAAAGGAAGCCGGAAACAACACGCCCACUUCUUUCUCAACCCCAACUAGUCACAACCCAACCAAAUGAAAAGCCCAAGAAUGAUGGCCAUAAUCUUUUGAGCAAUGACACGAGGGAACUAACGGACCAGCAAAACGAAAAUGGCUCCGCCAGUCAAGGUGAUAAACUGGAAGGCUCACUGAAGGACAAAAAGGAGCCCACCGUUGCGGCUUUUCAGUCUGUGCAAUCGAGCUACGCUAGUGAGACUGGAGAUGAUGUGGGAAGUGAUUCUUCCCUCCAAUUGAUCUCCACCAGUCAAGGGGAGGGGGAGGAAGAGGAAGAGGUGAAAGGAAACUUGACUAAAAGUGAUCCAAGGAGUCAAGCAGACAAACUUGUCGAGAGUAGUGAUGAGAGUUUAGUUGGUAUGGACACUUUAAAGAUCUACCAAGAACUUGACGAUGCAUUCAUCUCUUUGGAUCAAGAAGUCAACAACUUUGAAGCAGGAGUAAAUGAUAGCAGUUGAAAGACCACAGAAAUGAAAUGAAGUGUUUUGUUUAUGUCGAACAAGAUUGAAAAGUUGUGAUAUUUCGGCUCGUAUGCUGGGCUUGCUAAUACAUGGCUGCCUAAACCAAGUCAUCCUUUAGACAUUGUUGCUAAUAGCUUAAUAACCGUAUUCAAACAAUCAGUGCACAUUUUCUAUUCCCGUAUAACACAUCAGCAAUAAAGAGUGCAAGUUGUGAAGCAUA